GCGCAGCUGAGGCGGGCGCUGAAAUUCAAAUCUGAGGAGCAGUUGGUGCCGGGGCUCGGCCAGUCGUGGGGCGGCGGCGGGGGACGGCAGCUAUGGACCCGUUCACAGAGAAAUUACUUGAACGAACCCGUGCAAGACGAGAGAACUUGCAGAAGAAGAUGGCUGAGCGGCCCACAGCAGGAAUGAGGGGUACAGCACAGACAAAAAGGACCAGAGAACCUUUGUUGGAAACCAGUAACCAUACAUCAUUGCCUGGUGAAGAAGUGAAACCUAGUACAAAGCCAUCCCCAUCAAAAAGGCUCUGUUCUAACAGCGUGGAGGUUCCAGUUUCUAGCUCAGAGAAUACACAGCCAAUUAAUUCCCCUUCCAUAGACCAUCAACCUGAGAAGACAACACAGCUACAAAAAACUGCUACUAACAUGGCUCCAUCAGUUCAACCUGUUCCAUUGUCUGAUGAGAGAGAAAAGCCAGUCUUGAAAUCAGAACCUCCAACAGCCUCUUCAGUUAAAACACGUAUGCAGAAACUGGCUGAACAGCGACGUCGCUGGGAUGAUAUUGAUGGAUCUGAAAGUUCUCACCUGUCUCCCCUCCAGUCAAAAGAACCAGCUGUGUCUCCACCCAAACAACCAUCUCUUGCUCUGGCAAGUGAUACUCCAGUGGGGAGAAGAGGCCGUUUAGCUAACCUUGCUGCUACAAUUGGUUCCUGGGAAAAUGACCUAAGUCAUCCAUCUGCAAAGCAAAACAAUACACAAGAACAGCCUGGUACUACUUGUUUAUCCAAAUUGUCCACUACAAGUGGAGCAUCUGCUAGAAUCAAUAGCAGCAGUGUAAAGCAGGAAGCUGCAUCCUGUCCUCAAAGGGCUGUUGAGGCAUCUAUAAAUAAACCAGCAACCUCUAAGAUAUCGGGAUCAAAUAAUUGCAUAGUAAAAUCCUCCAGAGUCGCUGCUCCCAAUCUGAAGGAAACCGAGAUACCAAAAGUGUUAAAAGAGAAUCCCUGCAGUCCCCAGAAAACAGAGGGACUUAAACCAGCAGUAAAACCAGCCUUAUCUCAGCCAAUUCUUUCCAAAGAAGAGCCAGUCAAAGGAACACAUGUGCAACGUGAACAUAAGGAUAAGCCAGCCACACCGGGGGGAUCAGGAAUUAAGCCCUUCCUGGAACGUUUUGGAGAGCGCUGUCAAGAACAUAGUGCACAAAGUCCUGUUACAUCUACUGGAUACAGAACGCCCAUUAUUACACCAAAUACAAAGACAAUCCAAGAGAGACUUUUCAGACAAAAUGAAAACUCCUCCACUGCCAGUUUAGCACAGCAACUCAAACAGGAGCGUGAAAAAGAACUAGCUUGUAUUCGUGGCCGGUUUGACAAGGGAAAUUUGUGGAGUGCUGAGAGAGGUGAACAUUCAAAAAGCAAAUUUCCAGAAACCAAAACGGAAAGCCAAGGAAAGCAUCCUCCUCAUUCUGAUGCAACUUCCCUUGUAGCUGCAGAAAAGAGUCCAGCAUCUGAAAGGCUGCCAAAGCCUUCCACUUUGGAAUCUUCAGACAAAGUACAUGAAAUUGAGAUGAGUGUAGAUGGUGAUGAUGUGAUGAAUAGCUCAAAGGUAAUAAAUGAAAUCUUUGAUGAAAUUCUUCAAGAGGAUGGUCCAGACAUAGAAAAAUUAAAAAAAGAAAUGAGUAUGAACCUGGAAGCUGAGAGUGAUGAGGAACAAGAAGAGUCGCUGAAUAUUUCUUCUAUGUCUCUGCUAACUCCCUUAGCAGAAUCUGUUGGUGUUGUGAGUCCAGAGGGUUUUGUCUCUCCUAGUAGGUCAGCUGGUGAGGGGAGCAGCACAAGCAAUGGAAGCCCAAAGUCUGGCAAGUACCAAAGAACACAAGUUCCUAGAGCAGAAUCAGGGGACAGCAUUGGAUCAGUAUCGGAAGAUCGCCACCUUCUAUACAGCAUUGAUGCAUAUAGAUCUCAAAGAUUUAAAGAAACAGAUCGUCCUUCAAUAAAGCAAGUGAUUGUUCGCAAAGAAGAUGUUACUUCUAAAUUAGAGAAAAAGAAUGGAACUUCUGAUCAAGUUAAUAAUAUUAAACAGAAAAUGCAGGAGUUGAAUAAUGAGAUCAACUUGCAACAGACUGUGAUUUAUCAGGCCAGCCAGGCUCUGAACUGCUGUUUUGAUGAGGAACAUGGAAAAGGGUCACAAGAAGAAGCUGAAGCAGAAAGACUUCUUCUGCUUGCAACUGAAAAGAGAACUGCUUUGCUUGAAGAGCUAAACAAACUGAAGACCGAGGGACCUCAAAGCAAAAAAAAUAAAGCUGCCUCUACAUCCCUGGUGUUUGCUCCAUCCAAAGGAACUGUCACUAUUUCAGAAAUGCGUCUACCUCUAAAAGCAGACUUCGUUUGUAGCACCAUGCAGAAACCAGAUGCAGCAAAUUACUACUACGUAAUAUUAUUGAGAUCUGGAGCUGAAAAUAUGGUAGCAACUCCCUUAGCAAGUACUGCAACUUCCCUAAAUGGAGAUGCUCUUAUUUUUACUACAACUUUUACUUUGCAAGAUGUAUCCAGUGACUUUGAAAUAAACAUAGAAGUUUACAGUUUGGUUCAGAGGAAGGAAAGCACAGGAAUUGAGAAGAGAAAGAAGACAAAUAAAUCUAAGGUUAUUACUCCAAAGAGAUUAUUGACAUCUAUUACCUCUAAAAGCACGCUUCUUACUCCAGCCAUGGCUAGUCCAGGUGGCCCCCAUGCUGUACGCACGAGUAACUUUGUCCUUGCUGGAUCUCUCAAGCUUUCACUGGCUUCAAUGGGAAACACCAGAUUUGUUUUAGACAAGAUAAAUUAUGGAGGGAAGGAAAGAGAGCUACUGAGCUAUAUGUUCCAGGACAAGGUUCCCUUUUUGUCUCCUUUGGAAGGACAUAUAUAUUUAAAGCUAAAUUGUAAACUAGAUUCUUCUGUAGAAGAAAAAGGAUUUUUGACUAUGUUUGAAGAUGUGAGUGGAUUUGGGGCUUGGCAUCGACGCUGGUGUGUGCUUUCUGGAAACUGUAUUUCCUAUUGGACCUAUCCAGAUGAUGAAAAGAGAAAGCAUCCUUUAGGCCGGAUAAAUUUGGCUAACUGCACUAAUCGUCAGAUUGAACCAGCCAACAGAGAAUUCUGUGCCCGACCUAACACUUUUGAGCUAAUCACUGUCCGACCUCAAAGGGAGGAUGACAGAGAGACUCUUGUCAGCCAGUGUAGAGAUACUCUCUGUGUUACCAAGAACUGGCUGUCUGCAGAUACUAAAGAUGAACGUAACCUUUGGAUGCAAAAACUUAACCAAGUGGUUGUGGAACUUCGCAUGUGGCAGCCUGAUGCAUGCUACAAACCUAUUGGAAAGCCUUAAACUUUGGGGGGAAACUUCUGAAAUGUCUACGCAAUACAAAUGCCAGCUGCAUUUUAAAUCUUCUUUUUAUGUAAGCUCAUCAGAUGUUUCCUUAUAUUUUAUGCUUUAAAAAUGGAAGAGUACGUGCCAUUUAUACAGAGUAUGUUAUGCAGUAUUUGUAUUUCUCUAUUAGGAUUUUAACUGAUCUCCUUUCCUAGCAUUUGAUUGUUAGGAAGCAAUUAGCUCCUUUAUUUGAAUGUACUAAAUAUUUAUAUAACUCCUACUUUUUGGAACUCUCUAUGGCUCAGUACAUUCUCUUCUAUUGAAACAACUAAAUUGGGACAUAAGUUUAUCACAGGGAAUCAGAUUUCUGGAAGGAAGAAUCUAGUAAAACACAAGCUUACUAGAUAACUCUUUUCCACUCAAGGGAGCUAUGGCUCUGAGUUGAUUCAUUUUAAUAGUCACGGUGCUGAAACGGCAACUCUUAAUGCUUUAUGAAGUUUUUAAUAAUUCGUAGGCAUAAAAGCUGCCAGUCUUGUGCAUUUUGAAACAUGCAACAUACACUUUAAUUUGUGCAAAGCUUCCCUUUCUUGCAUCCAGAACAAAAAUUGCACAAUAUACCCAUAGCAGCUUCUUGCAUUCUGAAAUCUUAUUUGACAUUUUUCUCAUCUACAAGUAUGAACUAAUGUUUGGUAUGCAUGUUAUGCAGUUUACAGGCAGUAUGUUGCACAGUUUCAUAGAAAUCAAAGUUCUUUAAUAUUUUUGGCAGGGCCUUAUAAAAACUUUAGCUUCAAUGUUCUGAGUGCAUGUUCUUGAAAUUCAUCAUUUGUACAAAUUAUUUUCACAAUUCUGCUUCUGAGCACCAGAAUAUGUUGGAAAAAACAGUCUUUCCAUGAGACUCUACAAAGCUGCUACAUACCAAUUAAUACUCUACUGCUCAUAAGUUUAUCAGAGAGAGGUCUGUAAAUACAGAUAAAACUCUUCUUCAGGCCAUCAUUAAAACUGCAUAUUUGACUUUAGCUGAGUAGGUUUUGCCAUUUUCACGGAGCUUUCCAUUGGGCACAGUGUGAAAUAUUAUCUUGCUACUGUGCGUGCAGUAGUGGUGUACUUAAAACUGCUAUAGCUGUUAAAUUUUUGCACUUGAAACACUAAAUCUACUCUCCCAUCCUGUCAUUUUUGUACUGUUACUCUGAACCUCAUUUCCUUUCUGGUGUCUUAAGUAUUCCUAAAUGAUGUAUUGAGAUUGUAUUUUAUUCCCUUUAAAUAAAGAAUAAAACAUUUUAAAUAAAA